AUGACUGCAGCUACAGGAUGGGACGUGGACAUAAGGAAAUUUAUUGAUGCAUGGCGGCAUUUUGUAUCGAUCAGGAAAUUAACACCCGGGAGGAAGUAUUGGAACGAAAUAUCCAAGGAGGUGGAUGCAAUAUUCAAUGAGUUAACAAAGGUGAUUGGCGAAAGAGGAAUAUGGAAUACUGUCAUUUGUGGGAGUUUAUACAAUCAGCCCGGCGACACUUUGUGCAGCAGUAGGUGUGGAGAAAUUGUAAGCCUUAUGUUAUAUAUGAAGGGGUAUAAUUAUGUAGGGAACAGGACGUGGCAAAAAAGGGCAAAGGAACGCAGGUAUGACUGGGAGUUCGAAGAAUAUUUGAAGUGCAUACUGGCGAGGGAAACUUUAUUACAACUAUAUGGAAGCAAUAACGAUCACAGGGGGAUUAUACAAACAGUUUCGGAUGAGCUAAAAGGCAGAAGCAAAAUUCUACAGAAGGACUUUGCAGAUGGAAUAUGCGAAGGCAGAGAUUAUGGAAAAGUAAUAUUCACAUCAGGGGAUAUUGGGGAAAGCAUAAAGAAGCGGUUACAGAGGUGGACUCAAGAAUCUGGACGAAAGAGAAUAUUGAGCAGACAAGGAAGGCAGCAGAAGUGUGCAUGGGAAGAGGAAGAACCAAUAGAGCAACAAAAAAAACCGAAGGAUAAGGGGAAGUGCAAUAGGGAUGAGGACGUAAAGGAGGAAGGAGAUACAAAAGACAUAAUGAACUGGAUUAGGGCAGAUACAACACCCCUAACACAGUAUUUGUUCAAAGUAAUCACGAGCACAAGGGGACUAUCGGCCAAAUGUAAAGUGGAAGAACAAAUAAAGGGCAAGGUUAAGGACAUGCAAGGAACAGUGCAAGGGACGGUAACACACACUGCGAAGCCACAGACACCGCCAGGAUCAAAUGCAUCAGGGGAAAAAGAAUGGAACCAGAUUAAAGCCGUGUUGGAGGACUUUAUUCAAUAUUUGGGGGAUCAUAAUCAGGACUUUGAGCAAUACGGUGCCAACUCUGACAAUAAAUCUUGGGACGAUAUGGAGAAGGGUAAAUACUAUAGGGGACAGAGGGUAGCCGAUAUGAUGAGAUGCAGAAUAAUGUCAGGUGCAUUGUGGUUUGCGAACCAGCAGGGGCCCGAUGAACAGACUAAUAAGUUAAGAUGUGAAGUGGCCCAUGUUUUGGGGCACUUAUUGAAAACCAAGUAUUGUGAACGUAAGACUCCGUUUACAAGAGGUACAGAGUAUGCUUGGCAAACAUUCAAGAAUAUGCAAAGCCAAGGGCAAAGUGGACAUGGAGCGCUGCAAGGCCCUGUAAUGGACGGAACGUGCACAAUGUGUGGAUAUGUAGGUCAUACAAGGAACAUAACAGCAAUAAAUUGGAAGAUAGCAGAAUGGUUAUUGUAUAAUGCCAGAAUAAUGGAAGAAAUACAAAAAAUGGAGCGCGAUUGGCCCUGUGAGCAGUAUUGGGAAAAGUAUAUUCAGGAGAACGCAAAAGAAGGAGAGAGAGAUAUCAGUAAAAUUUUGACACAACCUGGAAUUCAGAAGAUGCAGGAAGUAGAGAAGGAAAUAAGGGACGAAGCAAAGAAGGCCUUUGAGGGGGCGAAGGACAAGGUGCAGCAGGAAAUUGAUAAACACACAGGUACGAAUACGCAUAGUACGGAUACGAAUAGUAAGAAUACCAAUAUGACAUGUAUGAAUACGAGUAUACAGUCGGAUACGAAUAAUCGUCCGGCACGAACGGAGACGGCAAAGAACAAGGAGGGCGCAUCGUCACCAUCAGGAGCAGUAGGAAGGGCAGAUGACUCAGCAGCUGAGGCCGCCGUACCAGCAUCGGCACCACCGGCUGCACCCGCAUCAGCCGCACCGGCCGCAGCAGGAUCAGGAGCAGGCGGGCAAGGACCGGGUCAGGGACCAGGACCUGGACAACAACCUCCACCACCUCCACCAUCCACAGGUAAUACAUGCAAAGAGGGUUCUACCAGUACGAAUAAAAACGGAUCCGGCGUUACCUUAAGCUUUGCGUGCACUCCAGAUUCCGCGUUGGGAGGUCCCUCUAGUAUACCUCUAACUCCCUCUGAUCCUGCACCAGGUAACAAGUCGUGUGCACCAUAG